AUGGCCAAGAAGAAAUCGAGUCUCAGCCAAGCACUACAGCAAGCACAACUACAGCAGCAACGAGCCAUCAAGCUAGCCUCAAAGAAACUAACCCAACAAGAAAAACAACCAAAACAGUCAGCUUCAAAGUCUCAGAAGAACAAGCAUACCAUUCCCUCAACACAGUCAUCACCUACUAGAGCUCAGAAACAUCUAAAGAAUCGACCAGAGAAAACGACUACCAAAACCAAAAACCAAACCCCUGCCACUGGUCAUCACGAAAGCCAAGACUCGCCCAUCGAAAUUACAUCAACCGAUAGGCAUUCCAAGCUUGCCCAGCGAGCUGAUUUGACAGGUUCUCCGGAAAAGAACAAUGAGCGACCAGCGAUUACCGAUGAACAUGAAAAAACCAAAAAUCGAAGUGAUUUACCUUCAGACCUAUCGCAAUCGGAAUCAUUCAUAACUCAUGAAGGAAGUCACAAACAACUUGAAGCCAUCACAUCAGGCGCAACACCGAUAGAUGCCAAAGUUCAUUUAUCACCUCGCGAGGAAGAACGGCCAAAGAAAAUCUGCUCGAAACCGCACCUCGCUAUGGUCAACAAAAAUGAUCAAGUUUUGCUUGUCGGUGAAGGAAAUUUCUCGUUCACAGUGUUACUCUUAGUCGAAUAUUCGCAUCCUGGAAGAUUGAUUACCGCUUCAACAAUAGACAGCAAGGAAAGCGUCUUGAAAAAGUAUCCAGAUUCAGGGAAAAUAUUAGAAUUACUAGAAGAACACAAAGUGACGAUUUUAUUCGAAUUAGAUGGAUGUAAAUUAAAUGAGGAUAAGAGGAUCAAGAGAUCGAAAAUCAAGUACGAUAAGGUGAUCUUCAAUUUCCCACAUGUGGGUGGAUCCGAAGCAGACCAAGACCGGAACAUCAGAGCCAAUCAGAUCCUCAUCUUACGCUUCCUGAGAUCCGUGUCCACUUUGUUGUUCCAACCUGAUGGGUUAAGUUCUGGUCAAGACCAAGAUGGCUGGACGCAGAAGAAAAGACGAUCGAAGUCUUCAACCAAGACAAACAAGAAACUUAAAUCUCUUCAGAAACGACCGUCUCAUUCAUCCGAUGACGAUUCGGAUGAUCCUGAUCGGCUCCAGGAUUAUGAUCAGCAAUCCGCCACCGAGCUCGAUCUUCACCUUCGAAAUCCUGGCUCGGUUCUCAUCACCGCUGGAACUUGUCCGCCGUAUUCGUUUUGGGAUGUACCUGCGCUUGCUAAAAAUGGAAAAAUUUUGGCGCAUACAAUCCUUUAUCCAAGCCAUCCAAAUCUCAAACAAAGAGAACAGCCGGUUUAUAAACUCAUCCGGUCCUUUGAUUUCGAGAAAUCAAUUUCCUUAAUGGAUGGUUAUUCAACUUAUCAACAUCGUCAAACUAACGGCUUCAAACACUCUAAUCUGAAAGAUACUCGACCGGCUAACCCCAGGACGUGGGAAUUCCAACUUCAAGUCUAGGCUUUCAUUUGUUGUUGUAUUAAAAUUAUUCUUUUUCAUAGAGGCGUACUUUGAGGAUGGGGCAUUACCAAUUCCCUUAGUUUUUGGUUCCAUCAAUUCUUAGAAGAUCCACGAAGAAGAAAUAACUUCCGA